UUUCAAAUAGAUGGUGAAGUGUUUGAUUUCGUGGUGGUUGGUGCUGGAUGGGCCGGAUGUGUGGUUGCGAAUCGCUUGAGUGAAAAUUCAAAAUGGAAAGUUUUAUUGGUGGAAGCUGGUGGCGAUCGGCCUUUUGAAUCCGAAGUGCCGGUGAUGCUGGAAGCUCAUCAGCACACCGAAUAUGAUUGGCAAUUUUAUGCCGAAUCAAAUACAUCAUGUAAAGCAUUAUCGGAUGGAAAGUGUUUUUGGCCGCGUGGAAAGUGCUUGGGUGGUACAUCGUCAUAUCACAGUGACGCAGGUCCAUUAAAUAUCGAUUUUUACGGCGAUAGUCCAGUGGCAAAAACGUUCAUAGAUGCUGUAAUCGAAGACGGUUACAAAUUCAUAAGUGACAUAAACGCCGAUGAAUAUAUUGGAUACACAAAAGUGCAAGGCACCUGUUAUCAGGGUCGUCGACAAAGUUCGGCCAAAGUAUUUUUGGCAACGGCAAAAAAUCGAACAAAUCUUCAUGUGCUGAAAUAUGGUCUCGUUCAAAAGGUUCUGCUAAACGAAACGAAUGGAGCCUACGGCAUUGAGUAUGUCCGUAAUGGAAAGGUCAUAAAAGCCUAUGCCAAAAAAGAAGUGAUUUUAUCAGCCGGAGUGAUCAUGUCGCCGGUGGUUUUAAUGCUGUCUGGCAUUGGUCCGAAAGAAGACUUGGAAAAGCAUAAUAUUGCACCAAAGUGUGAUUUGCCGGUUGGAAAAAACCUUCUCGAUCAUGUUCACACAUUGAUUUUCUUUCGAUUCGAUCCCACCAAAAGUGAUCCACCCACUGCUACCGAUAACAUUUACAAUUUUGCGAUUCAUGGUACAGGUGGAUUGACAAACUUUGGCGUUGGCACUUUAUUCGCAUUCAUUAAUACAGACAAAGCCGAAAAAUUUCCGAAUAUUCAAUUGACGUACUUUUGGUUUACGGAAAAUGCACCCAACCUGCCUACUUACAUAAAAGGACGUCCGUUUAGUGAUGAAAUUGCUAAAAAGCUAAUGGAAGUUAAUCAAAAUCAUGACAUUGGAGUGGUUGCCAUAUCACUACUUCAUCCGAAUUCAACGGGUUCCAUACAAUUGAACAGUAGCUCGAUUCAUGACAAGCCAAACAUUUAUCCAAACUAUUUUAACGUGCCAAGUGAUUUAAAAACGAUGAUCAGUGCUAUUCGUCAUCAAAUUUUUUACACGAAUAGUCAAUCUUAUCCGGCGGAACAUGGAAAGGUUAUUAUGUUUCCAUUGAAGGAAUGCAGUGGAAUUGAGUAUGAUAGCGAUGAAUAUUGGAAAUGCUAUAUCACGUACAUGGCUGCAACUGAAUACCAUCAUGUCGGUACCUGCAAAAUGGGCACACAAUCAGAUCGGGAUUCAGUGGUUGAUGAAAGACUUAGAGUUCACGGCGUAUAUGGAGUUCGUGUUUGCGACGCAAGCAUAAUGCCGUAUAUCACAUCUGGAAAUACAAACGCACCAACGAUUAUGAUCGGAGAGAAAUGCGCCGCGAUGAUUAUUGAAGAUAAUUCUGAUAUGUCUUCACAUUCAACAUCAAAUGAAGAGGUGGAAUAUUCAAUUUCUCGUCUUAUUCGGGAUUUAUCUAAUCUAAAACUUUCCAUCGUUGUUUUUCUUGCUACAAAAAUCGAAAAGCGAAUGGGAAUAUUAUUCAAAUUCAACAGUUUACCACUCAUCUAUCCGAAUUACUUUAACCAUUCGGAUGAUAUGGAAAAACUAGUACGUGCGGUCAAGGAACAAGUCUCAUAUGUUGACACAGAUGCAUAUCAAUUGCUUAAUUUGGAGUUCAUCAAAUUACCCAUCAAAGAAUGCGAUCAAUACGAAUAUGGAUCGAACGAAUAUUGGCAGUGCUACAAUAAAUAUAUGAGGACCACUUUGUAUCAUCCGGUCGGAACGUGUCGAAUGGGAACGAAUGAAACGGGCGUUGUUGAUAAUCAACUUAGAGUGCAUGGCAUUCAAAAAUUGAGAGUUAUCGAUACUUCAAUAAUGCCGAUACAGGUGUCAGGACAUACAAAUGCACCAGCGAUGAUGAUUGGAGAAAAGGGGGCCGAUUUUAUUAAAAAUGAUUAUUU